CACCACAGUCACAUCUCUCUUAUUAGAGAGUCUGAAAAAUGAUAAUAGUCACACUGUACCAGCAGAUAGUCCACUAAAUUCUUGAAAGGAUGAAGAAGAAUAAGCAAUGGUGCAAAUCCAAUCCAAGAAAAUGUUCCAAGUUCUAUAAGGAUGACAAUAUUAUAACAUGGAUAUUGUAUUCAUUUGGCAUUGGAUUUUGUCUUAUUACCACAAUUAUAAUUAUUGUGAUUUGGGUAAGCCAACUUACGACUGACAUGAACGAAGCCAACUACUUGAAUACAUUUGAAUCUACCGUCUCCCUCGAAAAAAGAAAAUACUUUAAGUCAAUCAUGGAUACAUUUAGGUUUGAAACAACAAUAAUACGGAAUUUUAAUGAAAAUGAGCUGGCAAUUAUCGAUAGUACCAGCAGUUCAAGUUAUUGGCCAUAUGAAAGAAGUAAUAUGUAUGAAUUCGCUUUGGAUGUGCAUAAAAAUUUUAGCGUACAUAUUACAAUAAUCGAAGGAUAUAAUGAGUCCAUGAAAUUGAACAUUCUUUGGUUUCCGGGUCAAGUCGAAAAAAAUACAAGUUACUUAUCUCAAACAGCGUAUAAUUGUCAGCAAUACUUAAAGCCUUAUAUUGCAAUCGAUAACCUUAAGCCAAAUCUCACAUAUACUAUUUGCAUUAUGCCCAUCGAAUAUGUAGUUACAUCUCCUCAAAAUUGUAAGCCACUUCAUAUAGCGACAAAUUAUGUCUUCGAUGAUAUGGAUAGCAUUUGGAUUUCGGAUAACGAAAAAGAAUUAGCUGUAGUUGUAUUGUGUUUCGUGUUUUGCUUAUCGGUAUCAACUGGAGCAUUUGUUGCAUAUUUUUGGAUUAAGUCAAACCCUCAACUAUUAAAACGAUCAAAAAUAAUAAUGGAUAUCAAGAAUAUGGAUAAAGCUUGCUACGUAUCGACUAUUAAACUAUCAGUCGAUUCAAAAGAUAUAAAUAUGCAAACACAUGACGAUUAUUUUAUAAACAAAAGGAAAAGAUCGACUGAAUUUCUCAGCUUUUCUUCCACGUCCACAUACUUUGAAGAGUUUUGUCAAAACUUUGAUCAUCAGGUCUAUUACGAGCUACCAUUGCAACAAGAUAUAGUCAAAAAUGGAAAUUAUUAUAAAAACUCUGACAUUCCACCACCUCUUCCGAAACGUAAUUCCAUUGAAACAAUAUAA